UCAAAGUUGAACGUAAAAGAAAUCCACACACAAAUCGAUGUUUAUUUGAAAAUUUAUGCUGCUCUCGAUAUCUGGAAAGAAUUUUACCAGACAAACCAAAUCUAAGCCCCUCGGGUGCUGAUGUAUCGUUCCUCGAGAUAACUCUUCAGUUCACCUUCACCUCUGUUUGCUCGCUACCAGACUGCCCGGAAUCACCUGCAGCGAAGCGUGAUUCUGCCAACAUCAGGCGCGGCAGCUCCCAGGCAACCACACUUUCUUCUAUCUUCGUAACCAAAAUCGUGUCUCACGCCAUUUAAAACUACGACAAAUACUUGCGGCUGCAUCAACAAAUAACGACCUCCAUAGGAAACAGCAAGACAACCAAAGAAUCCUACUCAACAACACGCAUGUUAGUGACGACGCUGCCGCGUUGCCGGCCUUUCCCACAAAGUAGAACGCUGCACUGGCUAUAGUGAUACACAACUUCUAUUGCGACGAAAAGAUCAAGCCAUAUGGCAGAUUCGCCGAGUUCCCGGCCCAGGCGGUCGAGCGACGGUGAUGAAUGUGAUGGACAGGCUUCGCGCAAACGGCGGUGCUUGUCAUCUUCUAGAUCACCCAAAGUCGGUCCACUGCAUUCUAUUAGUCUGGAAUUGCCUCAGAUAUCAUCAAACAACAGCGGGACCUCGGAUAUUACCAAUGUGCAAACCAUUCCUUCUAGCUAUGCGGAUCAAGGAAACGUCCCAUCUCCACAGACGGCGACGACUUCGACACCAGAAUCUCAGUUUCCAAAUAUACCAAGGGGUGAAUUUGAUAAUAUACCAGUAAUUUUAGGAGAUGAAGAUGAUUACAUUGCUCAAGAGACCUUGUCGAUCCGCUCCGACAGCUCCGGCUCGACAUCUGAUAGAGUCGCAUGUAGUGCAGACCCCAUCUACGCAUUUCCGUUUAUUAAUGACGACACCCCAUUUGAAGCAUUACAGCGAGUAUUCACAUAUUUUGAGAUGGAACCUAGUCUCUGUGAUGCUGUCAUUGAGAGCCUACACAGUUGGCUCGAUUCAUAUCUGAAAUAUGCUCACAACGGAAACUCACGUCAGAUAAAACGCUCAUAUAUGGACAAUUUGAUAUUUUGGAAAAAUCUUCCUCAGCUCAUUCACGCUGUAGUAGAUCGCUUGAUAUCGAACCAGAGCACAGCUUGUCAAACGUCGAUUAGAGAGCAUAUCAUUGACCAGUUUAUCGACCUGACUGUCCAAAUCAUGCAAUUCGAUCUAUUCGAUCUAACGAAGGGACGAGUGGAUGGAUGUGAUAUCCUGGAUCUAUCUUGUUUUCAAUACCUACGGGUAAUGCACCAUGUACUCGCUCGAGAGACCCAACCGAUACCCUACCAACCCAUAAUUAUAUACGAUAUGAUCAUGGACGAACACCCUACUCGUCGGAGUGCAAAACUGAUAUCGACCAUCAGCUUUCAAAUGCUCCAGCAACUGAUCAAGGCAGUAGCUCUUGCAUCAGCAUCAGAUACAAAAAAAAUGAGCGCCCUGGUUCCUAUCUGUACGAUAAUAUUGUACUUGAUUCAAGAUAUUAGGAAUGCAAAAGAAGUUAUACCCAGUGAUGCGAUGCGGGCGCACGGGGAGAUGGCGCAAGCUGUGUUUCACGACGCAUCGGCAUGCUUAGAGACUAUUACGACGACGAAUGGGUCAUCCGUACAACCAGAGAAGACAAAGGGUAUCAUUUCCAUACUUGCUAGAGUGCUUCAUUUUGGCCUUUCUGUUAAUGACAGAUGCAACAACGGUCUGAUCGCCGCCAAAAACGACCAGGCGAUGCAGAAUCGCGUCCCAUCACCAGCAGCGACAGAAACAUGGGAAUGGGAACUCUCAACUUUGGCCAAAUAUAUCAAGAGCAGUUCCAUGCAGCUUCAAGUAAUAGGAAUAACAUUCUUAUCCAUGGAAUUGAAUGCCAUUUGGCGGCAUUUUGAAGAAUCAAAGGAUAAGAGUAUCGUCGCUGCUCUUGGCCAAAUGCUGAUACAAACCGAAAUUCUUGAAUACCUCUUGGGGAGUAAUUCUCAUCCAGAAAUCGUUGCGGAAAGCAUAGGUGUCUUUGGAUUUUUAGCAGUUGCUAAUUUGCUAUCUGCUGACCAUUUCAAUAUCCUCUUCGAAAUGGCAACAUCUCCCGGGAAUGAUCAUAAAGCAGAAGCCAUUGCAAGGGUGCUUGUCAAUAUCAUCCGAUUCAUCCGUUCUGAACACCUUGUUUCUCUUUGUGUUUCUCUGCAUGACCUGUCACUCGAAAUAUUUGCGUCUCGACUGCGGCAGCUAUGGGAUACACUAGGGCAAGAGAUUAUAUGGAGGGCAAAAACUGGUACAGGCACAGUGCCUCUGGAGUGCCUUAAGCUAUGGUUCCGCAUUGUCCGAGAUUCGUCUAAUAUGGUAGACGAAGAAUAUUUUAGAUACACCGAGAUCCAGGUAGCUGGACGACAGCGUCUUCGCCAGCUCCUCGAUCAGUGUGAGAACUUUGAUUUUCGCGAAAUAUUUCUGCAGGAAUGCCUGACCGCGAUUCGACGGAAAGACCACUCUGUGACCGGCAUAAUGUGGUGUUUGAAUGUUUUAAUACGGCCACAAGAACUGCAGAGAAUCAACAAAACGCACAGGAUUGCAGAAUUAGCUAUGGACGAGCUGGAAUAUGCUAUGGGCCAUGCUGCAGCAUCAUCUUAUCAGCAUGUUCUACACGGACGACCUAAUGAAGCCAGAUGCACGUUGUUGCAUAAUGUAUUCGCUACAUGUGGCAACGACUUUGACGAUCAAUUUAGCUGUCGCACCUGGCAACUUUUAGUCAAAGUGAUGGCUAUUUCUCAGAAGGAUCAAAGCAAAGUUUGGGAAAUAUUGACGUCAGUCGACACCGAAUCUCCCAAUUUGAACACCUUUGUUGAUACAUGCGUCCGUGUACUCGCCAAAGAACUACAUGGCUCGCAGCUGUGUGAAGAGAUGUUCGAAUUGGUUCGAGUAAAAGCACUUGCAACAUUCACAACAGCAUUAAAAGAUGGAGAAGCUCCUGAUGCUCUAUCAAGUGAUGAAAUUUUACAAAUUUGGCGUUUCAUUAAAGAAAGCCAACAUGAAGGCGCGAGUGAGCGAGCGAUUGCGACAAUGGUGAACGACGUAUAUUUACGAAACGACUUUUUCGACUUAUACCCUUCACCUAGACGACGUCUAAUUCACUCGGCAGUGAUCCAGUCUUGUUUGGAUGAGAUGAGCGACAUUUCUACGAGAUUGCGUGCGAAUAUUUCCACAUCUCCAAGUGUUUAUGACCCAGUAAUACCCAGACUGAACUCACAAGACCUGCAGGAGAGAUGUAGUCGGAUAUUACGAUUUCUUUCGAAAUUUGUGGCGCAGUAUCAAACCAAAAACGACGCAAAUGUACCAGACUUGCGUCCAUUUAUGUCGUCUCGGCUAAGCGAUAUUCGUGGGGAGCCGACUGGCUUACUAUACCAAUCGUUUGACGGCAAUCAAGAAACAGGUGUAAAGUCUCUUAUCAUUGGAUCUCAAAAUACGACGCGUUGCUUGCUCGCGCAAUUGAAGGAAGCGACUGGAUUUGAUAACUACCGCAUAUUUUAUAAGGGAAAACAGUUUAUACCUACAGAAAGCGAUAUCUGCAAAUCAUUGGAAGAACUGCAAUUCCGGGAUGGACUGCUUAUAGUAAAGCGGGAAGAGAUUGAGCUACCGUAUCCCGCUUUUGCUAGAGAAGGGUGUUCACUCGUGGAACAAGUCCUUUUGACCAGAUUCUCUGACCUUUGGCAAAAUUGGUCUCUUGGGGGCAAGAUCGCCUAUGAAACCUACAACCUCCUGAAAUUGCUUCCAGCUGAUGGCUAUGUUGUAAAGAUGGUUUCCACUGACGAUGGCCGCCGCGAGUUAUCAUUUGACGCCUCUCAACCAACGAAGUGCCUGUACAUUGCGCAUGCCAUUAUGCAACACAUCCAGCUCCAAUGCCGCGAAAAGACAAAACUAACUGAUACAGACAGUCGAUCUGAUUUUCAGAACAAGCAAACCAUUACUCUAUUUGCGACUCUCAUACUUGAGCUCUUGAGUAAUGUUCAAAAUUUCGAUACUACUUGUCAACAACAUCUGCCUGAAGUAUUGGACUCCUUGCUUUUGGCCUUGUGUGACUUAAUUGACAUCAGUGAUGAGACUAUACGUGGUAUGGUCAGCCGAACAAUCAAUGUCGACCAGCUUAUUUCGGCAAUAGCCAAAGGCAUUACUAUGCCAAAUGACGCUACCCAAGCCAUCAUAGACAACACGUUUCGUAUUAUGGUACAACUGUCUACAAUGAACUACCAAAUAUGGAACUGUGUAAAAAGCAGUGCUUUUACGAAUAAUUUGCUGGACAUUAUUGCAUUAGAUGGAAAGCCGAAGCUGCGAAUGUCUACGCUGGCGACUCUUGAACGUAUGGUAACACAUGAGGUGUCAAGAAUAACCGCAAUGUCUAUCAUAGAACGGUCAUCACAAGUGUUGGAGUUCCUGCUACAUCUCAGUCUCAAGGGGCUAAGAUCUGCUGUUGACGGCGCUCCGUGUUCCGCGGAGUUUAUGCGACUCGCCCAUCUCGUCGUCAAAUCUCUCAUGGAGAACUGCCCAUCACAGAUUGAUGCAAAGGACCUGCUCCGGCAGAUUUUAACUUGGAUACACCAUUAUGAGCCCAAAGAGAAAAUUGAGAACCCCCUAUAUGCUGAUGCCAUCAUGGAAGGAAUGCUUUCAUUGACGCAUAGCUGCUCCUUGAGCCACGAAUCGCUCAUCGAAAGCUGCAUCACAGCGGAGACGAUUAAAAAUGUGCUAUGGCCGUUGCUGGUGCCAACACAGAGUGCAGGUGUUAUACAUCGCGAGACAUCCGUAAUAUUCAGUGCUACCUCACGGCAGUAUACCUACGAUGUACUACACGCAUUUGCCGGAAGGAGUGAUGGAAACUGCGAAAUGGUGGCGAAUCUACUCAGUAAACCACUGCAGGCUGAUGUUCUUAUACGAGACGACACAGUCCUCUUCGAUCAAUCCUUUAAUGUCGAUCAGUCCGGUGCCAUCAAGAGCGAGUGCGGCUACAUCGGACUGUACAACUUGUCCAACACGUGCUAUCUCAACUCCCUCAUGACGCAGCUAUUUAUGAAUCUUGAUUUCAGAAGAAUUCUAUUUGCGCAGAGUAUUGUCACGAAGGAUGCAGAUUACACCGUCCUGUUGAAUUUGCAAAAGAUAUUUGCUCUCAUGCAGGGUUCUGUGGCAAAGUUGAUCAAGCCGUAUGAACUUGUCAAAUCUAUCAAGACAUUCGAAAAUGUCAGUAUCGAUGAAACUAAUCAGAUGGAUGUUGACGAGUUCUAUAAUCUCUUGUUUGAUAGAUUAGAGGCCGAUAUGCCAUCUGACGCGGGAAAGAAGACACUCCGUGAAUUCUACGGCGGCCAACUGGUACAGCAAAUCAAAUCACAAGAAUGUCAGCACAUUUCGGAGAAGAUAGAGGAUUUUUCAGCUAUUCAGUGCGAGGUCAGGGGCAAUCUCACUUUACAGGAGAGCCUGUUAUCCUAUAUUACGGGCGAGAUUAUGGAUGGUGAUAACAAGUACAGAUGCGCUUCAUGCGAUCUACAUGUCAAAGCAGUAAAACGGGCCUGUUUGAAGCAAGUUCCGGACAAUCUCAUAUUCCAUUUGAAACGGUUCGACUUCAACCUGCGAACAAUGCAUCGCAGCAAAAUCAAUGACCGUUUCUCGUUCCCCGAAGAAAUAGACAUGGCACCAUUUACCCUUGAACACCUCAGAGGCAAUACAACUCAAUCAACCGCAGAUGUGUUUGUUCUGGUUGGAAUGCUCAUACAUACUGGGACUGCGGAGUCUGGACACUACUACUCGCUUGUAAAAGAGAGAAAGGAGGUGGCCAGUUGGAUUGAGUUUAACGACGAGUUGGUAAGCCCAUGGUCGUCCGAUAAUAUGGCCGAUGUUGCAUUUGGAGGAGUAGAAAGCAACGGUCCGAAUGAUCCGCCCUCAGAAAAGAUGAACAGUGCCUACAUGCUCUUCUACCAGCGCCUAUCCUCAUUUCGCAGUCAGAUUGAGACAUCACGCCAACAUGAAGCAGGUAGUGGGAAUUAUCCGUUGAUACCUCUCCGAUUUAGGAGCUAUGUUGACGCUAUUAACUCGUCCAUCAUGCACACAUUUUGUCUUUUCGAUGAUGGAUACGGUGAUGUUGUUGAACGUGUCUUACAAACCGCAGUUGGACAAAGUUACAACGAAUCGUCUGGUCAUUCACUACAUGGAACAACUCUUGUCACUGCUCUGAACUAUCUGUGUGGAUUUUCAUGUCGAAAAAGAGACAAGUCCUGUGCAAUUAGACUCUUGGAGCAGCUCACUGGGGCUGCGAGUCGGUGUCUAAGAUGUGCAGGUCUGGUCCUGAGUUACUUUUCUGAAGAUAAAUCAGCCUUCCGAAUUCUUUUGCAAAGGAAUCCAGAUUCAGCUAUAAGAUCCAAGGCUGCAACUGCCUUCUUGACGGCUUUGGAUACAAUCAAACGAGAGGCACCUGCCUCCUAUGAUGCCAGUCGGAACGAGCAGCCUAUUCUUCUGGAGGAAACGGGCAGCCCAACAGCUUGUCAAGUUGCCAUCGACAUCUUCGACUACAUGUGGCAAUAUUUGAACAGCAGUUUACGCUCUUGGGAUAUAUACUUCACCCUCUUGUUGAAAUUUGCACAACAGGGAAGGGCAGAAGCCUUGCAGCUUCUCAACGAAGGAUAUCUAGUUCAAACUGUUCGGAUUCUAACAUUGGACUCGAGUUUCGAUGAGGAAAGCGGCAUAUCCAGAAUUUUGACUGCUCUACAACGACGGAGAGGGACACAAAGCCUAUCAUUUUGUAGCGUCAUACAGUUUAUCCAUGCCCUCCUCGGUUAUCUUGCCGACACACUUGGCCCAGAGUCGGUCGUCGACGAUAUCAGUGAGCGGAAGGAUGUAGAAAAUACCAGAUUGCUACCAUGGACUGCAGAAGAAGUCACCGCGACACAUGCAUGCCAUCCAGAUGAUUCGGAAUCAAGCAUUUUUAUCGAGCGGCUCCUGAUCCUUGGGCAGGGCGAAGAGGAAACAAUGGCGGUUCUGGUUCGACUAGUUCAAACUGGGUCAACAAUGGAAACAAGAGUUUUCAGUACUCUUUUACGGGCAAUUUCUGACAAUACUGAGCUUUCAUUGGGGUCAUUUAUAGAGGCAUCCGCUGCUUACGUUUCGUGCACGACCAAUUUGGAGCACGCCGAACAACUGACAGACGCAAUUUUGGACCAGCCACAGACUUUUAGCCAGUCAGAGGAAGCAGCUGUAUUAACUUUCUUACGUGUUGUCUUUCAACCCGAUGAUCGGUUUGGAGGGCGCCUCAGACUUAGAGCCCUGGAGCUUGCUCCGACGUGGGCUCCUCAGCUGUUAGUCUGCGAAGAUGCGUCUCUCCGGGUUGACGCUUCAGCGCUGCUCGAAACAUCGUUACUUGGAGGAAUGGCCAGUGAGAAGCCAUCAGCCAAAUUUUGGGAAACUCUAGGAAUGGAAAAGCCUGCAGCACACGACUUGGUUCGCAAGCUCAGCAGCUCAUGUCUAUUGUUUAUGGUUCGGCAACAUAUUCAAGAACAGUCCGCGAUACAACGUGAUGCUGGCCUAAACCUGUUUUCCAUGGUGGAUUUAUGCAGAGAGAGAAUAUUUACUAUGGGGAUCCUGACUGACGAAGAGAUGAUGGAAAUGGAAUCGGAGACACGCAAAAUUAUGAAAGCAGCAGAGGGUGUGAUGGUGUACAAGGUAACAGAGACAGAUUCUGAAUGGGAAGACGAGAUGGACAUUGACAGUGGGGGGCACCUGAUGACCAGUGGAUGAUACAAACGAAGCAACCUUGGCACAUUUGCUUUUGCUUACCAAGGCUUACUUUUCGGAUAAUUAUGAGACACGAACUUAUGUUAACGAACUACCGCAUUUGAAUACACAGGGAUUUGCGCUUUGCAUACCCGUAAUAGAAGAGAUUGGCUG